GUCUUUCUACCUCCUUCCACUUUUUGUUCUCUGUAUAAAAUCUCCACUUUCUAGCAGCCUUUUACCUAUUGCUUUCUUUCUUCUCUACAUUUUUAAAACAAACUUUUUGGGUUCUGCAUGGAUUUUGGAAAACAGGGGAGCUGGGACAGUUCGAGCGAUGAAUAUGAGCCACAAGAUCAUCAUCAUUUGAAAGACGACGACACUGAAAAUGACCCCACAAAACGCCCUUACGAGUGCACAUUUUGCAAGCGUGGCUUCACUAACGCCCAAGCCCUUGGUGGCCAUAUGAACAUUCAUCGCAAAGACCGCGCCAAGGCCAAACAUCGUAAUUUUAUUCAUUCCUCUUCUUCUUCCCAUUCCCAUUCCAACGACCAAUUCUUCCCUCCUAUUCCAACUCAACCAACUCCCUCUUAUUACCCCCCACCACCGUCUUACCGGAUGUACUUCGACACCGCCGCCGCCAACUUCCCUAUUCACCCUCAGAUCAGAUCCCCAACCGUCGUCAAUCAACAACUUCUCGGAGCCAAUCUCAGCCUUCAAAUUGAUCAAAACAGAGGUGUCUGGAAAAAUGAAGAACUCGAUUUGGAGCUUCGACUUGGCCAUGAAUAUCGCUGAUCCAUUACGAAUUUGUGAUGAUGAAGAACAGAGCAUCCAUUUGAAUCGGGUUUUUUCCUUCUUUUUUUUUUUUCCUUUUUUUUUUUUCCUUUUUCAAGUUUUUGUGUACAGCGAUUGAAUAAAUAAGAGGGGGUUCGACAAAAUCAAGUUAUAUUAGCUCAGUUCUGUUUAAUUUUGUUCAUCUUUCUCAGAGCUGGAGCUAUGAAAACAUAAUAUUUAGUAUUAUUGUCAUUGCUAAACAGAGACCCUUCAUUUUUCAUUUCUAGAAAUAUUAAUUCUCCCUUCUUGAAGUGUCUCUCAAUUUUGAAUUGCUAGUAGUGUGUUUUGUUAGCACAUAAUGGGG